AUGAAAAAGAAGUUAACUUUAUAAUUUGCUAUGCCUGGGAUUGAAUAAGCGUAUUAAUUGGAUCGCUUAAUAAAAAAUGUUGGGAUGAGAAAGAUUCUGUCGAUAUUAUUACUAUUGUUCGCAUUAGUCAGAUUGAUAGCUUCGAUUGUUCAAGGAAAUAACGAAGUUAUGUAUUGGGAAAUCUGUUUCGCCUGUUACAGUAUAUUUCUAGUGGGUGUUUCUUUUAAGGGAUCACCUGAAAAGGUAAAGAGCAUCUAUUCAUUUACAAAUAAUUUUUUAUGUGUACUGUAGGUUUGUGCAAAUUAUUAUAAAUACCCUUAAUGCAUUUACAUAAAUGGAUAAAAUGUAAUGAUAUUCAACAUGACGAUGUUCUACUUUUCUAGCAUUUAGGAAGCCCCCAUUUAAUUGGUGGUUUUUCUUGCAUCUCGAAUACUGAUUUCGGGAUUGGUCAAUGAUCUUUUCAUAGUUUAAGAUUUCAUAUAAAUAAUAAUCACUACUCUGUGUAUAUUGUUAUUUAUCUAUUAAAAUGAUUAAAAUUAGAGAGCUCAUUUUUAAUUAUAGUUUUCUGAUAAAUAAUGGGAACAAACCUUGCCAGUAAUAAUAUAGAAUCCAUUUUUGAUGUUUACAUUUGAUGAUGAGAGAAUAAAUUUUGAUCUUAAGUUACAGAAUGAUAUGUAAAAGAUAUUUUGGGAUAAUGAAAAGGCUCCCUCAGAAAAUCUGAGAUCUUUUUUGAGAUCCUACAAAAUGGGCAAUGACAAUCUUGAAUAGUAUAUAUUGAACAGAACAAGAAGUUGCAGCGAUUAUAAAAAGAUUUUCUUGCAUACUUUGCGAAUUUAAAGGUUUGAUUAGGAUUCUGAGUCAAAAAAGACAGUGAUUCGAUUAUCUGACUUCUAUUUGGGUUAGUAGGUGUUCUUAAUAGUGUUUGAUUAACACGAAUAGAAAAUUCGUUAGCUUUCUAAAUUGAAGGAUGCUCUUAUUCAAGGAAUAAAUUAGCAUUAGAAUUUGACUAUUAAUUUUCUCAAGAAACAAUUGAAUUUGAUGUAAAAUGCCAUCAACUCUAAAAAUACAAUUGAUAAUAUUUAUAAAUUAAAAAUUCAUUGCAUGUAUUUUAUUGGCAAAUACACUUAAUGCAACAGUUUCCAAGAUAUUGAGGAGAAGAUUCAAUAGAUCAACAUUACUGAAAUGGUUAAAGAUUUGAUACACAUAUACAGUAUGGCUUAUAAACAGAUACAACUUGAAUUUUCCAGCAAUAGUUUUGAGGAUAUUUAUGGAUUUAGCAAUUAGUAACUACUGAACAUCUUCUUGGUCAUUCUUUUUUAAACUUUUGUUAGACUUAAUCAAAGUGGCAAAACCAUAUUUGUUCAUUUAGCAGACACAAAAGGGAAUUGUGAAUUCUAAUUAAUAACAAUCAGCAUCAUAUUUGAUAAAUCAGAAGAGUUCAAAUAAAAAUUGAUCAAUAAUCAACUAUUCUAUAAAAUCUAAGUGAGAUUGAGUCCAAAGGUGGAUAUCAUAGCAUCUGAUAAUUCCUGCCAAUUCUUAAUUUACAAAAAUCUCCAGUAAUUAAAUGAUAUAAGAAUGUUGGAAGAAGAAAUAGAAUGA